GCCCACGUCCCGGAAGCUUCUUCGCGGGGCUGACAUCCUCUGCCUUUGCUCGGCGGAGACCCCGGGCGCAGCCAUGGCGGCGCGGCGGCCGGUGCGCGUGCUGGUGGACAUGGACGGCGUGCUGGCCGACUUCGAGUCCGGCCUCCUGCAGGGCUUUCGCCGCCGCUUCCCCGGGGACCCGCACGUGCCGCUGGAGCAGCGCCGCGGAUUCCUCGCCAGCGAGCAGUACCGAGCCCUGCGGCCGGACCUGGCGGAGAAACUGGCCAGUGUGUAUGAAGCUCCAGGCUUUUUUCUAAACUUGGAGCCCGUCCCUGGGGCCGUGGACGCUUUGCGAGAGAUGAACGACCUGCAAGACACCGAGGUCUUCAUCUGCACCAGCCCACUGCGGAAGUACGACCACUGUGUGGGCGAGAAGUACCGCUGGGUGGAGCAGAACCUGGGGCCUCAGUUUGUGGAGCGGAUUAUCCUGACUAGGGACAAGACAGUGGUCAUGGGAGACCUGCUCAUUGAUGACAAAGACACCAUUCAAGGCCUGGAGGAGACCCCAAGCUGGGAGCACAUCCUGUUCACCUGCUGCCACAACCAGCACCUGGCCCUGCCCCCCACCAGGAGACGCCUGCUUUCCUGGAGCGACAACUGGAAGGGGAUCAUAGACAGCAAGCGAGCCGGCCUGUGAGCGAGCCGGCCUGUGAGCCAGCGGGGGUGGGGUCAACAAGAACCGACAGGGACAGGUGACUUUCUCCAAGCAGUAACCUCCACUGGAACAAAUCUGCCUUCCCAAGAUGGUCACACACAGGAGCAGGGCUGGCACAGAAAUACAAUGGGAAACUCAGUUAGGAGGCUUUUAAUAAAAAUAAAGACUAAAA